AUCCGUUAGGGUUCGAGGAACUUGCGAGGGCGACCGAUUUCUAGGUCUCGAUAAAAGAGAGAAGAGGACCAGUCUUGACACCCUAUUCGAACCUUGUGCUCCCGAUUCCGUCCCAUUAACUCGCUUCCCGUGAUCAAGAACCCUACGCCGGGAUCCGCCUAUCGGUCAGUUCAAGGUAAGCGCUGGCGAUCCCAUUUGUUCCUUUGCCGUGUCGUUUUUGGUGUCUUCGAUGUCGGACUGCGCGUGGGGAAGAGUUCUUGAGAUCCUUCUGCUUUCUGGCUUGAGCUAGAGGGUGAGGUGUGACAAUGACGGAGCCCUCCAAAGUCAUUCACAUCCGCAACGUUGGUCAUGAGAUAUCCGAGAAUGACCUUCUUCAGUUAGUGCAGCCGUUUGGAGUUGUCACUAAGCUUGUGAUGUUGCGAGCCAAAAACCAGGCUCUUCUUCAGAUGCAUGAUUUGUCUUCCUCCAUUAACGUUCUACAGUACUACACAAAUGUCCAACCAAGUGUGAGGGGGAGAAAUGUUUAUAUACAAUUUUCUUCGCAUCAAGAACUGACAACAGCAGACCAGAACUCUCAAGGGCGGAAAGGUGACCAGGUGUGUACUCUGAUGACUACAUUAUACUUGCCUGAUUCACAACCCAAUCGAAUCCUCUUAGUUACAAUUCAUCACAUGCUCUAUCCUAUCACAGUGGAAGUGCUCCAUCAAGUGUUUUCUCCUUAUGGAUUUGUGGAGAAAAUUGUCACAUUCCAGAAGUCGGCUGGUUUUCAGUCUCUUAUCCAGUAUCAAUCACAGCAGAGUGCCAUGCAAGCAAGAAGUUCUUUGCAAGGACGCAACAUAUAUGAUGGCUGCUGUCAACUAGAUAUACAGUUUUCAAAUCUCAGUGAGUUGCAAGUCAAUUACAACAAUGAGAGGUCUAGAGAUUUCACAAAUCCAUCUUUGCCUACUGAACAGAGAGGUAGAACUUCGCAACAUGGCUAUGGUGACACUGGAAGUCUCUAUGCUCUCCAAUCAUCUGGUGCCAGAGUUGCAUUUCCUCAGAUGGGUAAUGCUGCUGCAAUUGCAGCUGCUUUUGGUGGAGGUUUGCCUCCUGGAGUAACUGGUACUAAUGACAGGUGCACAAUCUUAGUGACUAACUUAAACCCUGAUAAAAUUGAUGAAGACAAGCUUUUCAAUUUGUUCUCAGUUUAUGGCAAUAUUGUAAGAAUAAAGCUGCUGCGCAAUAAACCAGAUCAUGCACUUGUUCAGAUGGCAGAUGGGUUUCAGGCAGAAUUAGCUGUACACUUCUUGAAGGGAGCAUUGUUGUUUGGGAACAGGUUGGAGCUAAAUUUCUCCAAAUAUCCAAACAUAACGCCAGCACCUGACACCCACGAAUAUGCUGGGUCCAGCCUUAACCGCUUCAACAACAAUGCAGCGAAGAACUAUAAGUAUUGUUGUUCCCCGACGAAGAUGAUCCAUUUGUCGUCCCUUCCGCAAGACAUAACUGAGGAUGAGAUUUUAACCCAUCUGGAGGAGCACGGUACAAUCAUGAACACAAAGCUCUUCGAGGUGAAUGGAAAAAGGCAAGCUCUGGUCAUGUUUGAAAACGAGGAACAGGCUACCGAGGCUCUGGUCUGCAAGCAUGCAAGCACCAUUGACCGGUCAACCAUCCGGAUUUCCUUCUCCCAAUUACAGAGCAUUUAGACAGAGUCCUUGUUCAUGCUUCAUGUGACGGUGCAGCUUCUCGGUCAUUAUGCUUGUACUUGAUAUUUGCCAAAUGUUGAUGGAUAAUGGACUUGUGCAUGUAUCUUUAGUUAAAUUCAAGCUUCUGUGAUAUGAAGGAUACUCUGAUGCGAGUUUCGAGAUUCAA